CAUCACCCAACUAGUGUCAUUCCCCAAUCCCAACGACUGGCCUCUGGAGUUAUAGAGCAUCUUUGGGUCUCGCAUUCAAAGGUUAACGUAGUCGGAUUCUCCGAUCCAAUCUCUCCUAGCUCUAGUACACGUACACACACACACAAACGCGUGUAGAGAAAAAAAGGGUCUUUCCCUCCUCCUUGGUUGCACCUUGGCGUCCCGACGACUCCCUGUCUGUCCCACGCUCGUUUCGUACAAAUCUACGUAGAACUCUACGUAGAGGCAAAUUCGCUCUCUCGACGACUGUGAGCGAUUUUGCGAGACAACGAACCAUCGUCUCCACACCCGUUAUCUGGAUUGGACUCGUGCGCGCUUGUUCCUCCACGUUCGUGAGAGUGCCUCACAACUCGACAAUAGGACGUUGCAGUUCGUUCGAUUGUACCGGAAGGAGACACCAUGACCGACUUUGCCGCCUUGACGCAAAGCCUGUUGCAGCCGGAAACCUUUGACGUUACCGCACUCGAUCGAGUCGUUACAGCAGCGUACAGUUCCGGUGAUCCGCAUCAAGCUCUGGCCAACCAGACCCUCAUGCAGUUACAAGAAGUCGACGGGCUCUGGACCAAAGCGGACGCCAUUAUUGAACAAGCGCAGAAUGCACAAGCACGAUUCUUUGGACUCCAGGUACUCGACAAUGCCAUACAAACGCGGUGGAAAAUUCUGCCAUCCGAACAGAGAGAAGGCAUUCGCAAUUACGUCGUGGGGAAAAUCAUUCACAUGAGUUCCGGGGAUGAAUCGGUGUUGCAGAAAGAACGCGUCUUUGUUGGUAAGCUGAAUCUGACGCUCGUGGAGAUCCUCAAACAGGAAUGGCCCCACAACUGGCCAAACUUUAUUACCGAUCUCGUGGGAAGCUCCAAAACUUCGGAGGUCCUGUGCGAGAACAAUAUGCAGAUUCUCAAACUCCUGUCCGAGGAGGUCUUUGACUUUUCGCGCGAUCAGAUGGUGACGGAAAAGGUCAAGCGCAUGAAGGAAUCGUUGAACGGGGAGUUCGCUCAGGUAUAUCAGCUCUGCGAAUUUGUUCUGGAACAUUCCCAGCGGCCGUCACUCCUGCGAGUGACCUUGCAAACCUUGCAGAGGUUUCUUACCUGGAUUCCGCUCGGAUUUAUUUUCCAAACGAACCUCAUCGAUACACUGGUGCACAAGUUCUUGCCCGUGCAGGUGUUCCGCAACGACGCACUCGAUUGUCUGACCGAAAUUGGGAGUCUACGAGAUCUGGAUCCGACCUACGAUCCCCGGUUUCGCAGUCUCUUUACGUCCUUUCUUACACGACUGGCGGAUAUUUUCUCUCCCGAAACCGACCUACAACCAGCCUACGAGAAUGGCACCGAACAAGACUGCGAGUUUCUGCAAAAGCUGGCGCUGUUUCUCUCCGGCUUUUUUCAAGCGCAUUUGAGGGUCCUGGAAGUCCCGGAGACUCAUCAAGCACUCAUUGCGGGUUUGUUGUACUUGGUACGGAUAUCGGAAAUUAAAGAAACCGAGAUUUUUCGUAUUUGUCUCGAGGCCUGGUACAUGCUGGCGGAGGACUUGUACAAAUCGGAGCAGAUUCCGCAUCACGGAAACAUGACCCGCAGUAUGCCCGUCUCUCCCAUGGGUUUGCAGCUCAACGGCGGUGCUACCAAUAAUGGCGGUACGCAAUCGCGCAAAUUCCUGUACGCUCCGGUACUGAACGGGAUUCGGCAAGUGAUGAUCACAAACAUGGCCAAGCCGGAGGAAGUGCUAAUUGUCGAGGACGAAAAUGGGGAUAUCGUUCGCGAGACAACCAAGGACACGGACGUGAUUGCUCAGUACAAGACCAUGAGGGACGCUCUCGUGUACCUCACACAUUUGAACCCUGAAGAUACGGAGACGAUCAUGCUAUCACGGCUUGCUGCGCAAGUGGACGGGUCUGCUUGGAGCUGGAACAACCUCAAUACGCUCUGUUGGGCUAUCGGAUCGAUCUCUGGCGCCAUGGCGGAGGACGAGGAGAAGCGCUUCCUCGUCACUGUUAUUAAGGAUCUGCUUGGUUUGUGUGAAAUGAAGCGUGGAAAAGACAACAAGGCUGUUGUGGCAUCCAAUAUAAUGUACGUGGUUGGCCAAUAUCCACGCUUCCUUAAGGCACACUGGAAGUUUCUGAAAACGGUAGCCAACAAGCAGUUCGAGUUUAUGCACGAGACACAUCCCGGCGUUCAGGACAUGGCCUGUGACACCUUUUUGAAGAUCACCAUCAAGUGCAAACGGAAAUUUGUCACACUGCAACCCGACGAGUCGGUGCCGUUCGUCGUUGAACUAGUCGAUUCGCUGGGAUCGAUCGUGUCCGACUUGGAGCCCCAUCAAAUACAGUCCGUUUACGAAUCCGUAGGUACCAUGUUAUCGGACAAGGGCCCUUCGGUGACGAUCGAUCGGAAAGCGGUACUCGCCAAACUGAUGGAACAGCCCAACCAGACUUGGCGGAUGAUUAUGGAACACGCGGCAAAAAACGUGGAGACUUUGGUAGAGCCAAACACCAUCAAAGAAAUCGUAAAGAUCCUCAAGACCAACAACCGUGUGUGCGGUGCGGCCGGUUCGCUCUUUACACAUCAGCUACAAACCUUCUUUUUAGACAUGCUCAACGUCUAUAAGGUAUACUCGGAACGAAUAUCCGCGGCCGUCGCACAGCAGGGGGCCAUUGCGACUCAGAUGAGUCUGGUUCGACUAAUGAGGAGUGCCAAGAAGGAAGUCUUGCGGCUGCUAAUUGUCUUUAUCGACACGAGUGGACCGCCUGAGGCCGAGCCAAAGGCUGUUGCCGAGGGCUUCAUUCCACCUGUCCUCGACCCCAUACUGGGUGACUACAAGCGCAACAUUGCGGGUGCACGCGAUCCCGAGGUGCUCAAGUUGUUCGCCGUUGUUGUGGAGAAGCUACGCAAUAAUGUAGUGAACGACGUCCCUCGCAUCAUGGAGGCUGUCUUUGAAGUGACACUGGAAAUGAUAACCAAGAACUUUGAGGACUUUCCGGAACAUCGAAUUCGAUUCUUCGAGUUUCUCAAGGCAAUCAACGAGCAUUGCUUCCCGGCCUUGUUCAGCAUACCGCCCGAGCAUCAAAAGUUGGUUGUUCACUCUAUUGUUUGGGCGAUGAAGCACACGGAACGAAAUAUCUCCGAUACGGGCUUGGAUAUAUUGAACGAACUGCUGGUUAAUGUCGGUAAGGCUCCCAACGUUGCGCAAGCAUUCUACCAGCAGUAUCUGCUUUCGCUGAUUCAGGAUGUGUUUGCAGUUAUGACGGAUCGGCUGCACAAGUCUGGAUUCAAGAUGCACGCUACGUUGCUGCGGCACAUGUUCCAUCUCGUGCAAAUGAACCAAGUGACGGUGCCCCUCUUCGACCCAUCCCAGCAGCCGGCAGGAACGACGAAUCCGUCCUUUUUGCGCGAGCACAUAUCGAGCUUGCUGCUCACUUCGUUUCCCAAUCUGGCCCGAUCACAAGUCGGCAAGUUUGUCGAGGGUAUGCUUGACGUCAAGAUGGAUCUACUGACGUUCAAGACGCAUUUGCGAGACUUUUUGAUCGAGCUGAAGGAGUUUAACGCGGAAGACAACUCAGCCCUGUUUGCCGAAGAACAAGAGCAGGCUGCGAGAGAGCAGCAGCAAGCCAUGAUGGCUGAGCGUAGUGCCGUACCCGGGAUGUUCAGUCCAGCCGAAAUCGACAAUGAUCUUUGAAAAUGGGGUGAUUCGGAUGGCUACGGGGAAACGUCGCUUCUUUGUGAUCGUUUGACGAGCUUAUAUUAGCCUUUGCUCUAUAAUUUAGACCUUUUUACGCUGUGG